AUGGCCGCCGCCGGCGCCCGACGCAGCCCUGGCCCCGGCUCGGGGCUCCGGGGGCGGCCGAGGCUAGGCUUCCACCCGGGGCCGCCGCCGCUGCUGCUGCUGUUUCUGCUCCUGCUACCGCCGCCGCCGCUGCUGGCCGGCGCCGCCGCCGCCUCGCGGGAGCCCGACAGCCCGUGCCGGCUCAAGACCGUCACAGUGUCCACGCUGCCCGCCCUGCGGGAAAGCGACAUCGCCUGGAGCGGAGCCCGCGCCGGGGCCGGGGCCGGAGCCGGGGCUGGCCCGGGGGCCGGAGCCGCCGCCGCCGCCGCCGCCGCCGCUGCAGCCGCGUCCCCGGGCUCCGCGGGCUCCGCCGGCACUGCCGCCGAGUCGCGCCUCCUGCUCUUUGUGCGUAACGAGCUGCCCGGGCGCAUCGCUGUGCAAGAUGACCUGGACAACACCGAGCUGCCCUUCUUCACCCUGGAGAUGUCUGGCACAGCAGCGGACAUUUCUCUGGUGCAUUGGAGACAGCAGUGGCUGGAGAAUGGCACGUUGUAUUUCCAUGUGUCCAUGAGCAGUUCUGGGCAGCUGGCCCGGGCCACUGCCCCCACACUGCAGGAGCCCUCGGAGAUUGUUGAAGAGCAGAUGCACAUCCUCCACAUUUCUGUGAUGGGCGGCCUCAUCGCAUUGCUGCUGCUACUCUUGGUAUUCACCGUGGCGCUCUAUGCCCAGCGGCGCUGGCAGAAGCGACGGCGCAUUCCUCAAAAGAGUGCAAGUACCGAAGCCACUCACGAGAUCCACUACAUCCCGUCAGUGCUGCUGGGCCCGCAGGCCAGGGAGAGCUUCCGGUCCUCCAGGCUGCAGGCACAUAACUCCGUGAUUGGUGUGCCCAUCCGAGAGACCCCUAUUUUGGAUGACGAAGACUAUGAGGAGGAGGAGGACCCGCCCAGAAGGACAAACCACCUCUCCCGCGAGGAUGAAUUUGGCAGCCAGGUGACCCAUAGCCUGGAUAGUUUGGGACGGCCAGGGGAAGAGAAAGUAGACUUCGAGAAGAAAGCAGCCGCUGAAGCAACACAAGAGACAGUGGAGUCCCUGAUGCAGAAGUUCAAGGAGAGUUUCCGCGCUAACACCCCCAUCGAGAUCUGUCAACUGCAGCCAGCCUCCCGCAGCGCCUCAGCAGGGAAGCGGAAGCGGAGAAGCAAGUCUCGAGGAGGAAUCGGCUUUGGAAGAAGCAAGGGCGCGUCAGGCUCAGAGGCCGAUGAUGAAGCACAGCUGACGUUCUACACGGAGCAGCACCGCAGUCGCCGCCGCAGCAAAGGUUUGCUGAAAAGCCCAGUGAACAAGACAGCCCUGACACUGAUUGCUGUGAGCUCCUGCAUCUUGGCCAUGGUGUGUGGCAACCAGAUUUCCUGUCCACUUACUGUGAAGGUGACCUUGCAUGUGCCUGAGCACUUCAUUGCAGAUGGAAGCAGCUUCGUGGUGAGUGAAGGAAGCUACCUGGACAUCUCCGACUGGUUAAACCCAGCCAAGCUGUCCCUGUAUUACCAGAUCAAUGCCACCUCCCCAUGGGUGAGGGACCUCUGUGGACAGAGGACAACAGACGCCUGUGAACAACUCUGUGAUCCAGAAACUGGAGAGUGCAGCUGUCAUGAAGGUUACGCCCCUGAUCCUGUUCACAGACACCUGUGUGUACGUAGUGACUGGGGACAGAGUGAAGGACCUUGGCCUUAUACAACACUUGAGAGGGGCUAUGAUUUGGUAACAGGAGAACAAGCCCCUGAAAAGAUUCUCAGGUCUACUUUCAGCUUGGGCCAAGGCCUCUGGCUUCCGGUCAGCAAAAGCUUUGUGGUUCCACCUGUGGAGCUGUCCAUCAACCCCCUGGCCAGUUGCAAGACCGAUGUGCUUGUUACCGAAGACCCUGCAGAUGUCAGGGAAGAAGCAAUGCUGUCCACGUACUUUGAAACCAUCAAUGACCUGCUGUCCUCUUUUGGGCCAGUUCGUGACUGCUCUCGGAACAAUGGGGGCUGCACUCGAAACUUCAAGUGUGUGUCUGAUCGCCAAGUGGACUCCUCAGGAUGUGUGUGCCCCGAGGAGCUGAAGCCCAUGAAGGAUGGCUCUGGCUGCUAUGACCACUCCAAGGGCAUUGACUGCUCUGAUGGCUUCAACGGAGGCUGUGAGCAGCUAUGCCUGCAGCAAACAAUGCCUUUGCCCUACGAUGCCACCUCCAGCACCAUCUUCAUGUUCUGCGGCUGUGUGGAAGAGUACAAGCUGGCUCCCGAUGGAAAAUCCUGCCUAAUGCUCUCAGAUGUGUGCGAGGGCCCCAAAUGCCUCAAACCAGACUCCAAAUUCAAUGACACCCUCUUUGGAGAGAUGCUCCAUGGUUACAACAACCGGACGCAGCAUGUGAACCAAGGCCAAGUCUUCCAGAUGACCUUCAGGGAGAACAACUUCAUCAAGGACUUUCCUCAGCUGGCGGAUGGGCUGUUGGUGAUCCCACUGCCUGUGGAGGAGCAGUGUAGGGGGGUCCUGUCUGAGCCCCUCCCAGACCUUCAGCUUCUCACUGGAGAUAUCAGGUAUGAUGAGGCCAUGGGUUACCCAAUGGUGCAGCAGUGGCGCGUCCGGAGCAACCUCUACCGUGUGAAACUCAGCACCAUCACGCUCUCAGCAGGCUUCACCAAUGUCCUCAAGAUCCUGACCAAAGAGAGCAGUCGGGAUGAGCUGCUGUCCUUCAUCCAGCACUACGGCUCCCACUACAUUGCAGAAGCCCUGUAUGGCUCUGAGCUCACCUGCAUCAUCCACUUCCCAAGCAAGAAAGUGCAGCAGCAGCUGUGGCUCCAGUAUCAGAAAGAGACCACAGAGCUGGGCAGCAAGAAGGAGCUCAAGUCCAUGCCUUUCAUCACCUACCUCUCAGGUCUACUGACAGCCCAGAUGCUGUCAGAUGACCAACUCAUCUCAGGCGUGGAGAUCCGCUGUGAGGAAAAGGGUCGCUGCCCCUCCACCUGUCACCUUUGUCGCCGGCCAGGCAAGGAGCAGCUAAGCCCUACACCAGUGCUGCUGGAAAUUAACCGUGUGGUACCACUUUACACUCUCAUCCAGGACAAUGGAACAAAGGAGGCCUUCAAAAGUGCACUGAUGAGUUCCUACUGGUGCUCAGGGAAAGGGGACGUGAUUGAUGACUGGUGCAGGUGUGACCUCAGUGCCUUUGAUGCCAGUGGACUUCCCAGCUGUAGCCCACUUCCGCAGCCGGUGCUGCGGUUGUCCCCAACAGUGGAACCUUCCAGCACUGUGGUCUCCCUGGAGUGGGUAGAUGUUCAGCCAGCAAUUGGAACCAAGGUCUCUGACUAUAUUCUGCAGCACAAGAAAGUGGAUGAAUACACAGACACUGACCUCUACACAGGAGAAUUCCUGAGUUUUGCUGAUGACUUACUCUCCGGCCUGGGCACAUCUUGCGUAGCAGCUGGUCGAAGCCAUGGAGAGGUUCCCGAAGUCAGUAUCUACUCGGUCAUCUUCAAGUGCCUGGAGCCUGAUGGCCUCUACAAAUUCACUCUGUAUGCUGUAGAUACGCGAGGGAGGCACUCAGAGCUCAGCACAGUGACCCUGAGGACAGCCUGUCCACUGGUAGAUGACAACAAGGCAGAAGAGAUCGCUGACAAGAUCUACAAUCUGUACAAUGGGUACACUAGUGGAAAGGAGCAGCAAACUGCCUACAACACAUUGAUGGAGGUCUCUGCUUCUAUGCUUUUCCGAGUCCAACACCACUACAACUCUCACUAUGAAAAGUUUGGUGACUUUGUCUGGAGAAGUGAGGAUGAAUUGGGGCCCAGAAAGGCUCACCUGAUCUUGCGGCGGCUGGAGAGGGUGAGCAGCCACUGCUCCAGCCUUCUGAGAAGCGCCUAUAUUCAGAGCCGUGUGGACACCGUGCCCUACCUCUUCUGCCGCAGCGAAGAGGUCCGGCCAGCCGGCAUGGUGUGGUACAGCAUUCUCAAAGACACCAAAAUCACAUGUGAGGAGAAGAUGGUGUCCAUGGCCCGGAACACGUACGGAGAGUCCAAGGGCCGGUGAGGGAGGGUACUGCCCUUCAUGAGCACAGAGACUCUCCGAGGGGGAAGCGGUAUGCUCACGGAGCCUGGGGCCUGGGUGGGCUGGGGUACAGCUGAAGAUGUGGGCCUGGCACACGGAGCUUGCCAGCAAGGCCAAAGCAAACUUUCUCCCAUGGACAGUGGACAGAAAACUUCGUAACCAAUGGAACCGUUCAUUUUUCUCUUUUAUUUUUUCUAAGAUAUUAUUAGACUCUGUCAAAUGUCUUUUCUUUUAAGCCUUUUCUUAUGGAUGGAAGUCUGUGGGGAGGCAAAGGUUUUCAGGUGGAGACAAAUCAGGCUCUCCUCUUCUUCCUCCUUCCUGUCAUGGAUUCCUGGAGGAGACAAACUUCUUCAGCAUCAACAAGAAUGCCCAGAGGAUCAUUGCAGUGAAGAAAUUGUGUCUUUAAGAACUUCUCUUUCUCCUCUCCUUUCCUCUUCCCUUCCCUUCGCACCCCCUUUCCUUUCUUCUCCUCUUUCUGACUUUCUCCUCUCCUCUCCUCUCCUCUCCUCUCCUCUCCUCUCCUCUCCUCUCCU